GUGGGACCCCGGCCAGAGCCUUCGUUUACAGGUCUCUGGUUGUCUGUUGUCGAGGACAGCACAGUCUUUUAUCUCAGUCAUACAGCAUCAUGGCUACUGCUGUUCCUCCUACUGUUGCUGCUGUUACCGAAAGUACAGGUGGAAGACUUGCUGGAAAGAGGAUUGUGGUGACAGCUGCUGCUCAAGGUAUUGGUCGAGCCACACUGGAGAGCUUCCUGAAGGAAGGAGCCUCGCUGGUGGUCGCUGUCGACUUCGAUGCCAAGAAAUUACAGGAACUCGACUCCUGGCCCCGUGUGGCAUGUCGUGUUCUCGACGUGAGGGAUGGUCCUGGGGCUCGAACCCUCGCAGAACACUUCAGCAAUAUUGAUGUUCUCUUCAACUGCGCAGGGUAUGUUCACCAAGGUAACAUUCUGGAAACCAGCGAGGAGAGUUGGGACUACAGCUUUGAUGUCAAUGUCAAGAGCAUGUACCACUUUAUCCAAGCCUUCCUACCCCAGAUGCUGAAGAAAGGCCGAGGGUCCAUUAUCAACAUGUCUUCAGCAGCCAGCAGUAUUAGAGGCAUAGAACGUCGCUGUGUGUACGGCGCCACCAAGGCUGCAGUCAUAGGCCUCACCAAAGCCGUUGCCCGGGACUAUGUACGUCAAGGAGUCAGGUGUAAUGUGGUCUGUCCGUCUCCCGUAGCCACUCCGAGCUUCCAGGAGAGACUCCAAGACCUGAGCGACUCAGAUAAGGAGCACGUAGAGUACAUGCAAGAUAAGAUGAUAGGCCGUCUAGCCUACCCGGAGGAGGUGGCCAACCUGUGUGUCUAUCUAGCUUCUGACGAGUCCUCCUACCACACUGGUAACGUCUUCACCAUUGACGGAGGCUUCUGUCUCUGAGCACAUUACUGCUUCGCUACUGACGGAGACUUCUGUUUACAUACACAACGUCCACAGAAUACAGAAUUUCAGGAGAUCAGAAGAGCUGGAGAAAACCCUAGACAAAUUCUAGAAUUCUAUCUAUCGGGUCAAUGAUAGGCAAAAUUCAUACUGUGUUUAUGUGUAUUUAACUCAACUGGGAAUCCCGAUAUGCCAUGUUUUUGAGUAGAGAAAUGAUGAAAAAAAUAAACUGAAUUUCUAUUCUCGUU